AUGCGCCCCUUUUCGACCCUGUUCGCCGUCACGCUCGCGACCCUCGUCGCUGCCGGGUCCGCAGCGCCGGCGUCGUGCCCGCCUCGCCGGUACCUCAACGAAGCGUCCGGCACCUGUACGCCGUGCCCACCACGAGCCUUGACCUGCUGGAGCUCGACGAGCGCUUUGACCUGUGAGCGUGGCUACUUCUUGACGGCCGACAGCACCUGCGUGCGCGCCAAGGAGUGCCCGAGCAAGACUUUCGCCGACCGCUCGACGAAUGCGUGCACACCGUGCUUCCACGCCGACGCCGCAACCUGCUCCGACGCGAGCCCGACCGGCACGACCUCUUGUGGUUUCAGCGUCGAGGGCACUCAGCUCCACCUGACGGGCGGCAGCUGCGCCGAGGCUCCUUCGUGCGCGAGCGGGUCGUUCCUGAACAAAGACACGAACACUUGCUCAUCGUGCGACGUCCUCGAGGGUCAAGCCUCUGGCCUCUUUUUCGACGAGCUCUCGUCACAGUGCGUCACUCAGUGCCGAAAAUACUCGGACGGCGUCAGCCUGCCCGCAACCUACCUCGACUCGAGCCGUCUCGCCUGCAAGUCGUGCGGCUCUCUCGAGAUCGACUCGUGCGACAACUUGGGCGCAACCGGCUGCCGAGCCCCGUUCGCCCUCACCUGGUCGUCGGACUGCGUCUCGCGCGAAGCGUGCCACGCCCUCGGCCCAAACUUCUUCGUCUCGUACUUUACCGUGCCGAGGUUCGGCGUCGAGCAGUACGAGACCGGGUUCUGUGCGUCGUGCGGGACGGGCGAGGCCAACGCCGACCGCACGGGCUGCAUCGAGUGA